CUCACUUGGAAAAACAGAAAUGCUGAACACAUCACACAGGACCAUUGUGAUAGGACAUUUGUCAGUUUUCUCCCUGGCAGGGAGAUUUUUCUCACCCUCAAGACAUGCAAAUGACUUUUUUCAUCUGUUCUUUUUAUGUUAUUGGAAUAAUUUUCCCCUAUAGAAGUGAGAGCUGUCAAAACUUAAUCAUUUGGGGGUUUAGCACUUAGUUCCAAAAUCUUUUUGACAGAAUUAAAUCUCUCUGAGGAAGUGGUAACUUUUGAUAUCAGAAACGUUGAAUUGCUUCUCAGGUGGUCAGUGGAUGGCAAUCAGCAGGUUGUUAAAGGCACAGCAUAUAUUUAAUAGGUCAUUUGACAUUUUGGAGCCUCUUACCCUUGUUUUUGUUUGAGAAAAAUCAGCAUUUCAACAAUAGUAGAAGAGAUGAUUUAGUUAGGUGUAAUGAUGCAUUCUCCUAUACUAUAGGAGUAAUAGCUAUUCAGGUUAAGAGUAUAAUGCAAACAUUUUUGCAAGUGGGAUGCUAAUUAAAAAGGCUAUUUGAAAAACUACAUAAGCAGCGCUUCUCCGUGUCUUGGUUUGAGUGCUUGUGUCUGUAAGAAACUGCCAAACAUGCUUAUUUUGUAUGAAUACUUCCUUUUUUUUAAUCACUCAGAGUUGCACUCUAGAGGGCUGUGAUAAACCUUUAAAAACAUUUUACUUAGACAAAGGUUGAAGUAUGUACCAGGCUUGGGGCGAGGACAGGCACAGCUAUCUCUUUGAUCACAUCUCUUUGAACAUUUUUCAGCUUUAGUUUUGUCUUCCAAAUCAGCUCCAUCAGUGGAUUAAUUGUUUCACUGUUCCUGCUGUUUCACACGAAGUCACCUGGCAGAACCGCAGGAGAAAGCACCCGUUUGUUUAAGCCCUUUGUGGCUUGCCGCUGUGGCUCAUCCCCUUUGCAAAUUACAGUCAGAGUGGUAGUUCAUCCAUUAGGCUGGAAAAGACAAGAUUUCCAAGUGGCCCUGGUGCCUUUUCCAGUUCCCAGGAGGCCCACCACCCCUCGGCUUGUGUGUUCCCUGCACACACGGAGUGUUCCCUGCUAAUCAGGUCAAUGAUGAUCGCCCAGCUCCAGGGACCUGACAGGAGCCUAUCACAGCAGUUAGGGAGCCACCAAACGCAGCAGGCUCAGAGGAUCUCCCGUUAAGAAACAUCCGUCGCUUAGUCCUCAUUUACUCACUGGAACCUCUGAGGAUUUCAGCUUCUCUUUUUGUUCUCUUAGACAGUGAGGGGCUCCACGUAAACAGGAAAAAAAGCAGCCCAGCAUGCAGCUACUUGGAGGGUGUUGAUUGAAAACUUCACUCUUCCCUCCCUGUUCACGGUUGAUUUGACUGAUUUCUCACCUCCUUCACAGUGAAUAUUUCAAUUAAGGUCCCUUUAGAUGGAAUGUAAUAUAGCAGAAGCCUUUUCAUCGAAAGGAUUCAUACCCGCAUUGUCAUUUCUGCAAUAAAACAGAAAGCUAAGUGGUGGAGGCCACAGACACCUCAAACCUGGAUUCCACAAUUCUACAUUAAGUGCUGGAGUUUUUAUUACUCUGCUGUAGGAAAGCCUUUGCCAAUGCUUACAAGGAACUGUUUAUCCCUGCUUCUCUGGGUCCUGUUUGAUGGAGGUCUCCUAACACCACUUCAACCUCAGCCACAACAGACUUUAGCCACAGAACCAAGAGAGAAUGUUAUCCAUCUGCCAGGGCGGCGGCCACAUUUCCAACGAGUUAAACGUGGCUGGGUAUGGAAUCAGUUUUUUGUGCUGGAGGAAUACAUGGGCUCCGAGCCUCAGUAUGUGGGAAAGCUCCAUUCUGACUUAGAUAAGGGAGAGGGCACUGUUAAAUACACCCUCUCAGGAGAUGGCGCUGGCACCGUUUUUACAAUUGAUGAAACUACAGGGGACAUUCAUGCAAUAAGGAGCCUGGAUAGAGAAGAAAAACCUUUCUACACACUUCGCGCUCAGGCUGUGGACAUAGAAACCAGGAAGCCCCUGGAGCCUGAAUCAGAAUUUAUCAUCAAAGUGCAGGAUAUUAACGAUAAUGAGCCAAAGUUUUUGGAUGGACCUUACAUCGCUAGUGUUCCAGAAAUGUCUCCUGUGGGUGCAUAUGUACUCCAGGUCAAGGCCACAGAUGCAGAUGAUCCAACCUAUGGAAACAGUGCCAGAGUGGUUUACAGCAUUCUUCAGGGACAACCUUAUUUCUCUAUUGAUCCCAAGACAGGUGUUAUUAGGACCGCUUUGCCAAACAUGGACAGGGAAGUCAAAGAACAAUACCAAGUCCUCAUCCAAGCCAAGGAUAUGGGCGGACAACUGGGAGGGUUGGCCGGAACGACAAUAGUCAAUAUCACCCUCACGGAUGUCAAUGACAACCCACCUCGAUUCCCCAAAAGCAUCUUCCAUCUGAAAGUUCCUGAGUCUUCUCCUAUUGGUUCAGCUAUUGGAAGAAUAAGAGCUGUGGACCCUGAUUUUGGACAAAAUGCAGAGAUUGAAUACAAUAUUGUUCCAGGAGAUGGGGGAAAUUUGUUUGACAUCGUCACAGAUGAGGAUACACAAGAAGGAGUCAUCAAAUUAAAAAAGCCAUUAGAUUUUGAAACAAAGAAGGCUUACACUUUUAAAGUAGAGGCGUCCAACCUCCACCUUGACCACCGGUUUCACUCCGCCGGCCCUUUCAAAGACACAGCCACAGUGAAAAUCAGCGUGCUGGACGUGGACGAGCCGCCGGUCUUCAGCAAGCCGCUGUACACCAUGGAGGUGUAUGAGGACACUCCAGUUGGGACCAUCAUUGGGGCCGUCACUGCCCAAGACCUCGAUGUGGGCAGCAGUGCCGUUAGGUACUUCAUAGAUUGGAAGAGUGAUGGGGACAGCUACUUUACAAUAGAUGGAACUGAAGGAACCAUCGCCACUAAUGAAUUACUAGACAGAGAAAGCACCGCACAGUAUAAUUUCUCCAUAAUUGCGAGUAAAGUUAGUAAUCCGUUAUUAACCAGCAGAGUCAACAUACUGAUUAAUGUCCUAGAUGUCAAUGAAUUUCCCCCAGAAAUAUCUGUGCCAUAUGAGACGGCUGUGUGUGAAAAUGCCAAACCAGGACAGAUAAUUCAGAUAGUCAGCGCUGCAGACCGUGAUCUUUCUCCUGCUGGGCAGCAAUUCUCCUUUAAAUUAUCACCUGAAGCUGCCAUCAAACCAAAUUUUACAGUUCGUGACUUCAGAAACAACACAGCUGGAAUUGAAACACAAAGAAAUGGAUACAGCCGCAGGCAGCAAGAGUUGUAUUUCCUCCCUGUUGUCAUAGAAGACAGCAGUUAUCCUGUCCAGAGCAGUACAAACACAAUGACUAUUCGAGUGUGUAGAUGUGACUCUGAUGGUACCAUCCUGUCUUGUAACGUGGAAGCAAUUUUUCUACCUGUAGGACUCAGCACUGGGGCUUUGAUUGCAAUCCUACUGUGCAUCAUUAUACUCUUAGCCAUUGUUGUGCUGUAUGUUGCUUUACGAAGGCAGAAGAAGAAAGACACCCUGAUGACGUCUAAAGAAGACAUCAGAGACAACGUCAUCCAUUAUGAUGAUGAAGGGGGCGGGGAGGAGGACACCCAGGCUUUUGACAUUGGUGCUCUGAGAAACCCAAAAGUGAUUGAAGAUAACAAAAUCCGCAGGGAUAUAAAACCAGACUCUCUCUGUUUACCUCGUCAGAGACCACCUGUGGAAGAUAACACAGACAUAAGGGAUUUCAUUAAUCAAAGGCUACAAGAAAAUGAUAUGGACCCUGCCGCCCCACCGUAUGAUUCUCUGGCGACAUAUGCCUAUGAAGGCAAUGGAUCCGCAGCGGACUCCCUUAGCUCCAUAGAGUCUCUGACCACGGAAGCUGACCAGGACUACAACUAUCUGACAGACUGGGGACCCCGCUUUAAAGUCUUGGCAGACAUGUUUGGUGAAGAAGAGAGUUAUAACCCUGAUAAAGUCACUUAGGGGAGAAGCAAAAGCUGAAAAGCAACCAAGAGAAGAAAUUUAAGAAAAAGAACAAAAAUAGAAACCACACACGCACAUACACCCCAGGCUUUAUAGGACAAGAUUCCUUUGAUUAUCCAGUUUCUAGCAAGUUGCUAUAUUUAUCAUAUUGUCAGUUAUGAUUUAUUCUGCCAACACAAGAUAAACCCUAUAAUGUGUA